AUGACCAUGCUCAACGUAAAGCCUGAAGAAACAGUUAUGGUAGGAGAUACGCCAACGGAUGUCGCAUUCGCAAAAAGUGCUAAACUAGGUUUGUGUAUUGGUGUGCUAAGUGGAAUCGGUCAACAAAGUGACUUAGAAGCAACCUGGUACAAUUAUUCUGAUCAAGGAGAUGAAAACGAUUCAGACCAAACAAUCUCAUACCAACAAAGAUCUCGGUUGCAUAUUUUACCAUCUGUAGCUCAUAUAAUACCCCUUGUUCUUCCCAGUUCAAACCAGUCAAUCAAUCAACUUUUAUGCAAUAGGAAAAGUGAUAACGGAAAAUUAUACAGCAAGAUAUCUAGCCAGAAGUUCAAGUUAGUCAUCACUGACAAAGAUGGAAGUUUUGUUAACGUACAUUCUCGUUGGGCUGAAUGGUGUGAAAAACUUAAUGCAAGGCUGAAUAUAAUUCGUGCCAGAGUAGGUUAUAGUCAACGUUUGAAAGAAGUCAGAUGGAUACCAGAGACACGUUGA